AUGCAGAAACUAGUAGCAAACGCUCUGAGGCCUUCGGGCAGGAUGGGAGCAAAUCUGCUUAAAACGACGUCUUUUUACAGAUAUCAGUCAUCUGCUCCAAACCCUAACCGUGCAUCAAACAAGAAAAAAAUCAGCGUUAUUGAACAGCAAAAGCAGAAACAAGUCGAGGCCGAAAAGGCUGUUAAUAGUGCGGAAGUACACGAUCAAAGGAAAGUUGCGCCACAAUCUAAGCAGAAGAUCAGAAAGGGAUUUAGUUCUCUCGCAAAAGUGCCUAGCACCGACGCCCUGAACCCUGAAGAUGUCCUUUUAGACACAUUCUUUCAAGGUUACAAACCGCUCACCAUACCUUUAAGACCGCCAACCAAAAAACGACAAACAAUCCUCUAUCUUGACAUGGACGAAGGUUUCCAAAUGCUUGGGAACGCUUUGGAAGAUUUAGCAUCUGCUACAAAGGAAUCACCGGCCCUGAAGGAUUACAAUAAAGCUCGCUUCCAAUUUUCUAACACAAGCUUCAGUGAUAACGAUAGUACUAAUGAGCGUCGCCCGAAUUUACGUGCUAGGUUGCCUGAGCUAAGUAAUCGGAAAACUAGGGGUCGUAUGAGGGUGAAUAGAAGCCUGUACAAGAAGAAGAAAUGA